GGAUUGGUCCGUUGGGAGCUUGAUUGAUGGCCUCGUAAAUACACUACGCUGGCUGGGAAAUGUUUAUUAAAUUAUUUGCAUCCUGGCUAGUUUUCCAAGUUGUGGAUGUACGUUCUCUUGCUGAGAAAGAAGUUUGUUUCCCGAUGUUGUGACUUCUUUCGAAUGGUAAACUGUAAGAAACGGUAUUGAGUGACAAAAGUCACGCAAAGCGAACAGUUACUCAUUUGACUAGGUUCGCUCCACAACAAACAUUGCAACAGCGUCUAAACUACUGCUGCGCCACACUACACGGAGCGACAAUUUUUAGAAGAAUUCUACUUGUAGUGAAAGACGAAGGACGAUCGUGCCGGGACGGGCUGGGAGUGGGGAACUGUUUUAGCGAGAGUGCGGCGUGCUUGUGACGGUGGCUGGCUCCUGCGAUGAAGUGGUGGAAGUAAUCGGUAGAUUAUGGCCUAAAAUGACCAUGGUAAGCCGGCGAGUGGCGGAGCGUGGGGGCGGGGUUGAGGCAGAUAGCUAGCCUAGUGUACUCACUCACACUCACACAAGGGGUCAACAACCCGUCCAACCGCUCACCGAUGGGGCUGGAUGAAUUCCAUCCUUUCAUUGAAGCCCUGCUGCCAUAUGUGAAGUCGUUCUCCUACACGUGGUUCAACCUGCAGGCGGCGAAACGCAAGUACUUCAAGAAGCACGAGAAACGGAUGUCGCUCGAGGAGGAGAGACGGUGCAAAGAGGAGCUACAGAACGAGAAGGUUGAGGUGAAGCAGAAGUGGGCAUCUCGGCUGCUGGGCAAACUCAGGAAGGACAUAACACAGGAGUGCAGAGAAGACUUCGUCCUCAGCAUUACGGGCAAGAAGCCGGCUAUGUGUGUUUUGUCCAACCCCGACCAGAAGGGCAAAAUGAGGCGGAUUGAUUGCCUUCGCCAAGCCGACAAGGUAUGGCGCCUCGACCUGGUGAUGGUCAUCUUAUUCAAAGCAAUACCCCUCGAGAGUACAGACGGGGAGCGCCUUGAAAAAUCCCCGGAGUGUGCUCAUCCUGGCCUCUGCGUUAACCCGUACCACAUCAAUGUAUCCGUCCGCGAGCUCGACCUCUACCUGGCGAACUUCAUCAACAGUCAUGAGAUCUUGACUGGAAUAUGUGAUAACAAUAACGAGAAAGAGGACGAGAGAGGAAAAGGGUACACUCACAACCCGUACAACGGCGUCAUAUGCAAUGAUACUAUAUUAGCCACGGGAGUCUUCUCUUCCAAAGAACUCUGGAGGCUUUCCAAAGCUUCCAUAAUGCAAGGCCCAAACGGAAUGCAGCCUCCAGUGAACACAAUAAAGCUUGAAAACCCAGGAUAUUAUUGCAACAGUUACACACCACCUGCACCUGAACACACUUCGAUGAUGGCCUCAGGGGCAUAUAGUCCAUUAUCACUGCCACGGAGUUCACAGAGUCCAGGAGAACCCCGAAAUAAACGCCUGCGUCGUCUUAGUUCCACAGAAGAAGAGAUGGAUCUGGGAGCUGGUCGUGAUAAAGGAACAGGGGAAGUGGCCUACUAUGGUCAAAGUCCAGCAUCCCUUUCCAGUCAGACCAGCUGGCAUUCAGAUGUUGACCAUGGUGGGUUAGGUCCACCUUCCACGCAUUCACCCCACCUGGUGCAUGCUGGCAAGGUUGCCAUGCCUUCACCCAACACGAUAUCAGCGAGCUUUUCCCCGGAACCGGUAUUGGUAUCUAGCGGGGUCGGGUCCGGGGUCCUCAGAACACUCAUCACUAACGAGGAACCUUCUUUAUCUAGUCAUGAGAAUCGUCACCUGCACCCCAGUCGGACUGGGGCCAGGGAUAGCCCACACCCUCGCGAAGAACACAAGACAGUGGCAGACAUGAACUCGCUGCUUGGUCGUUGGGAAGGCCUGGCAUCUCAGCAUGGCUCUGUAACUUCCAUGUCUAGUGGGGGAGGGGGUACAGGUGCUGCAGCCAGCUACUACCAGCAGGCAUCAGCUCCAACCCAGCAUGGGGACCAGCAGUCUCACUCCCAACACAGCCCUACAAAGUAUCCAGAGAAUGGUCAUGAUACCCUUUCUGACUUUGUCCAUUUUGUCUGCCAGGAAGCUGAAACGCAAGAGACACAGUCUCAGCCUGGGUCUUCUCGGAGUCCUUCAAAGUUAUCUCAGUACUACCCCAGCACAAUGCUGCCCCCACCACCUCCACCACCCAUGGCUCGCCCUGUUGCCAUCAUUCGCUCCACAGGUGAGCUGACUGUUACAACUGCUAACUCUCCACCAGCUUCAAGCACACCGCCUAUGGGAGGAGAAGGAUCUCCUAGAGAUAGUCGGGGGCCAAAUAAUGCCCUAAGUCCAUCACCACCUGUGGCAGUAGCCAGUUCUGUCACUGCCGCAUCGUCAUCCUCAGUAGAUGUUGUCCCCACUAGUCGCACUGUUGUGACCAGCCCUUUCACUGUUGGUCGUGAAUAUGCAUUCACUCACAUCCACUCUCAGCCAGGUCAAUUAUUCAGCUACUCAAACAUCAGCCCUGUUAGUGCCAUGUCUGUAUCAGGUGUGAUCAGUCCAACCAACCUGAGUCUCUUCACUUCUCCUGUGACAACACCUCGUACUACUCCUCGCUCUACGCCUGUUCCUCGAUGGAAUGUUCCAUUCAUCAGUUUGGACGAAGACUAUAAUAUGAUCACACCUCUGAUGUCUGGGAAUGGUAACAACCCAGAAGCCAGUGCCGGUGCUCUCAUGGAUGAUGAACGAUACUUCAGUACGGUGGUACACACCAGUGAGGGUAUGGAUACAAGUCAAACCAUAGGAUCUGGUUCAGGUUCCAAUGGAAGCCAUGGGUCAAGUGGCGGUACGCAAACACCUCCAUCACGGACUCCCAACCCCGGAGGUUCAGCCCCAGUUGGGGCGACACCAGCACCACCUACCAAAUCACAGUCAUCAUAAAUCAGAGUCAGACUAGCAGCGUUUGUUAGGUUUUGCUCAAUUUGUGUAUGUUCAGCUGGUAGGGCAGGCAAAUGGCCUGAUCCUGACAGCAGGACAGAGAAGUAUAAUAGGCAGCUCUCUCACUCUCCAUGGCUGACAUAGCACUUAUCAUUCCUGCCAAGUCUCCAACAUGGACUGGGAUGUUGAGAUGCCAAUAGUCUCGUUUAUGCCAUGAUGCCCUGUGUUGUAAAUAGUAAUAUUAUCUGUGGACUGGAGUCAUCACAAUUUUACAUAAUGAAACCGAGUGUGUUUCUUGUUACCAAAGACUUUUAGCAUGUUGUAGAAUAUGCAGUGGCAGCUUACACAUGUGAAUAAGCAAAGUGAAAGAGGACUGAUUGUCAAGAAGGUGAAUACCAUUUUCCUUAUGCAGUAAAUUAAAAUGUGAGAUAUAGAUGUUAACAUUUCGUUGCACUUUGUUUGCUGUUUGUCAUAGGAUUUAUUGAAUCUCAUCAACGUUAUUAGAGUUUCUUCGAAAUUCAGUUCUUGGGUUUCGCUGUCAGCUUCUGGUCUAGGUCUGCAUUAUGCUAAUGCUGUCAUUUUCUUAAUGAGGAAACGUUUCAGUUUGCAAAAAUGUUUUACAGUGCAAAGUAGGGGCUACUGUACAUAUUUAUUUUUUUUUUACAUAUGUUCACUUUGUAUGUAUGUGCAUUUCACAUUAAUUUAAUAGGGCAUCUAAAAUAGGGUACUUCAAUAUUAAUAUCUAUGUAACUUCAGUUGGAUUAAUUAAUUUAUGCAAUCUAAUAUGAAAAUUAUUAUGUUUUGGUGUUUAUUUUGUUUGUUUAAUUUUUGUUCUGUAACAUGAUUGUAUAUUACAAUAUGCUGCUUCUUUUAAGUUUUGAGAUAGAUGUUUGACUUUGUUAUUUUUAUAUAUGAAUAUUAUACCUUUUUAAAGAAAGUGAAGUCAUUCUAAAAUAAGGACUUUGUCACAUAGCUAAUUUUAUAAAAAUUCUAUGGAGAAAAAUUAAAAUCAGGCAUUUAAUAAGUGUCUUUGAGUGCAGAGUGCAGAGUGCUAGUCAGUGGAAAAGAAUAUUUGGAGUGGAAACUAGUAUAGAAAUUGUAGUCUGUGAUAUGACCACAUCUGCUCAUACUGUAGCACACUCCAUUUCUUUCUGUUAUUGCCACUUUCUUACCUUUUACUAUGCAAUAUUUUAUUCCUCCUGUAUUUCAUAUGCAGAAUUGGGGAAUUGUGGUUGCUUUCUCUGAUGUAUUACCUACUUUCAUCAUUUCUACCACUGUGAUCAUUUUCAUAUUUUCAAUAUUUACCUCUUCAUAUAAUUUUCCUCUUAAAUACAGUCUUUGAAAUUUGUGGGUGUUGGUUUUAAAAACAGUCAUGAAGUUGGGUUGUUGGACAGAAAGAGAGAGAGGGAGAGAGACAUUGCCUUAUACACCCUACUCAGUGUAGAUCACUUGACUGCUGCGUUGCACAUGUGUGGAGAUAAACACUGAUGAAUAUCAAAUGCGAUUGAAGAAGCAAACAGUACUAGCAUAUUGUCAGGUUUGAAUUUAGAAGGGAAGAGUCAAAUGAGCAGCAUCUUGAUCAUUGUAAGCUGGAAUGAAUGUGCCAUCUCUUCAAUACUGCACUUGUCUGAUUCAUGUCAUCUUAUGAAGAUGAGAUAGAAUUAAAUGAAAUUUUGUGCCAUCUUAAAACGAAAUGAACACACAUGUUUGUUUCUUAUUGUGAUGUAGGCCGAUAGUGCAAGAUAAUGCAAGCAGGUAGUGAAGUAAACAGAACCAUUAUAUUGUUAUCUCUGCGGGAUAAUUUAUGGACAAGCAUGAAAGUAAUGGUUCCAUGAACGGUGCAUUAGGCAGCUAUGCUGCAGUGCAGCCAACCAGUCAUCACAAAUAGUGUUAGACUAACUAUAUAUUCUUGUUUUGGGCCACACAUGUUAUCAGUCGGGACGCAGAAUUUCAACUGAUCAUUUCUUAUAUUACCAAAGAGGAAUCAGCUGUGAAACUAAUGUUAGCAGGUUGAUUUGUAGAGCUUCUUGCAGAGGUACAAAACUUGACUAGCCAGCCAAAUCAAAACAUAGCAGGGCCUGCUUCUUAUGAAGCCUCUGUCAGUAGUGUAGGCAUUCAAUUGGGAAAGACUUUUGAUAAAUAGCAUCUUGUUAUAUAUUGUUACAUAUACCCACUGUUGAUAAUAUUGCGGAGUAGUCAGUUGGUUCGUUAUUGAUCACUUGGAAAAAAAGGCUCAAUAUAUUAACUGUAUAUAGACAUUUUCCUUGGGGAAAUGAAAGUUAGCAUAUGGUGGAUAGCAUCGCGUUUUUAUAGAACCUUUUUAGCAUUUGUUUCUUUUUUUAUUGAAACCAUAAAUAACAUUUGUGCAGUGAGUGUUAUAGGUAAUAACUUAGAGACAGACAUCAUCAUCAUCAGGAUAUGCUGCUUAUUUUUAUAGGAUAUCAUUUUGCCACAUUUUGGCUGUGUUUGGGCUAAGGUUAAUAUGAACUGUGACACUCUAAAUAAAAAUAUUAUUCCAUGGCCCAAUGUUUACAAGGAAUUAGGGGUAUUUAUGAUUAGUAGCAAUUAAUUAUAGUCUUCCUCUAUGCCAGCAUGUCAUAUAGUAACCAUUAGAAAAGUGCCAAGCACAUGAAAGAAGACAGUCUGGAGAUAUGUAGCAUGGUUUUGGAUGCUGUCAGUUUAAAAGAAGUUUAUGUUAUCUGAAUACAUUAAAAUGACCACAGAACACAUGCAAAGUAGUCAGAAUGGAAGAAUGUAAUGGUUAGCUUUGAGAAUGUAUAACAAAAUUCAUGUGACAUAAAAUUAUUUAGCAAUAUGUUUUGAAAGAUGAGGUCAUGAAAGUACCAGUUAUGAGCCUGUUUAUUCUUAUGGCUGAUAAUGCAUUGCUGACAACUUGUAUGUCUAGUAGAAAGUUGUUGACUUGAAAGAGAAACAUUUGAAAGGCAAGGGAAGACAGAUGUUGCCUUAAGUCAAAAUUAAUUAUUUGUAGAGUAGUUUAAGCCUUCUAAAAUAUGUCAGAACCUAAAUUUGGCUUACCUGUUUCACUGUACAGAUUCCAAAGAUGCCUCGGCAUAUCCAAUUAAAGGAAAUAUAUGUACCACAGCAAUAAGACAAACAGACUUACCUGUAGUGCCUGAGACAGUAAUAAGCUCCAGAGUCUAUGAGAAACAGUAGGCAGUGCUGCCUGCCCUCCAUUUCAGAGACACUUUGGUAGCUGCUUAAUACUUGUUUCAUUUUUUAACUGAAUGAAUAUGAUUGUAGAAAUUGAUAAUUAUAAAGCAAUUACAAAUAUCCAUAUAGCACUGCAAAAUAUAUACACAACCUUUUGAAUACAAGUUGCAGUAAUGUACAGCUAUGAUACAAGAGAUGCAUGAAGACCAUUGGUUUCUAAUUUGUAAACAGUUGAAAAUAUUGUGCUUUCAUAGUAAAUCAUAAGGUAUUAAUAAUACUACCCAGGUAACAUUUUGUAUUAGUUCUACAUUGAAUUGAAUGCAAAUCUAGCCUUAACACCCGUACAAUAAACUGAUUACCCACAGUAAUUUCAGUUUCCUCUGUAGGAAAAAACUGAAGUAUAGAUAUGCAAUUGUUUUGAUACUCCUCAUUAUUUAUUCUGCAGAUCUCCUUGUCAGAAGCUUUAAUAUGCUGAGAAAGAAUUAUUUGGAAUAAGCUAUAAUGUUUGAUUCAGUGUACUGAACCAAUACAGGAUGCAUCCUGGCUGUCCAAUAUAUUGUAACAUAUAUACAAUUAUUAAUAGUACCAGUAAAUGUCAGGAUUGAAUAUGUACAUUUUCUCUUCAAUUCUUGACACUUUUACAUGUAUUUAAUUUAAGUUGAUUUGUGCCUCAUAUUCACAAGGGAAUGUUGACUUGUGCUUCAAGCCAGUUUCCUUGCAAAUUUGUUUGAAUAGAUUUUUUUUUAAAUCACUAAAGCCACAAAAGAAUAAAAAAACUGGGUUUGAUGUGUUAGAUACUAUAGAAAAAAUGUUUAAUUUGUACGGAGGCAAUGUUUAGUGUUGGAUUGUGUAAAUAAAUCCACACUUGAAGUUGUUGUUUAAAUUAGAUUAGUAUUACUGGAAUCACUAGGCCUACUAGGGAUCCACUACUGUUGAAAGGGUUUUAUAAUAGGCUGUAAUGUUAUGGGAAACUGGGAACAUACUUGUUUGCCAAUUCAGAUGACGUUUUAACGGUACAAAUUGUCAUUGUGAUACUACUUUGUUCUAUAUUAAUCUCAUUAGAAUGUACUGUUUUUCCUGGGAAGGUAGUCAGAGACCAAUGUGUGAACUGUUUUUCUUCUUCUUUCUUUGUUGACAAGUUCCAUUAGAGAAGUUACACUAGACAAACAUAAAUCUGGACUGCCUUUUCAUUGAUUCCUAACAUUAAUUUUCCAGUCAGCAGUAACAAAUUGUGGUAACCAAUUUUCCCCUGUGAAACCUGGAAGGUUAAAGUCUGGCCAUCUCAAAAUACAUGUUUCAACAGUAUUAAUAUGUGAAAUAGUGUGGCCCCCUCAAGGUGCAGGUUCCAGUAGUUUGGAAAUGUGAAAAAGUAUUGCACUUAUAUAUACAUGGAACAGACAUACAUAUAAGUUACAUCAAGGAAGAUGUAAAAUACCUGGUGCUAUGAGAUAAUAAUUGCUAUCUGCAGCAAAAGUCAUACAUAAUAUAAAGGUACUUCUGUUGCGAGUGGGAAUUCUUCAAUAUGGUGGUCUGUGUUUUUGCCCAGUAGGCUGGUGCUCCCAGGAAUGGAACAUGAAUGCACUGCAGUAUACUGCUAUGAACAGCAUGCAAAGGGUUGUGCCUUCAAAGGCAUAUUCUGUACUUGCACAUCUCCAAACUCCAGUCAAAUCCCAGAUGAUUAUAACAAUUACUUAUGAUUUAACAGAUACUAAUAUUAAAAAUUAAAUUUACAAUACAGUAUAUUUGAACAAAUAUUGAGUUUAAAAUAUCACCAUGUAACAGACAGAGAAUCUAAUAUAUAAGAGCAUUUGGAAGGAACGUGAACUUAUUUUGAAACUGAAUAAUAACCCUACAUGUAUUACAGCCCAUUUGUUUGAUCUCUUGGCAUAAAGGAUAGCAAUAUUUUUUCUCUGUGGAAAUAUAUGAGUCUUAGCUCUGUUGCUUGGCUUCCAAAACUAUAAGAUUCUUGUUUUAAUAAACUGCAUAUUUGAGUAGACUGAAAAUUUUGCGCUUUCAAAACUUAAAUUACUCCUGAAGGAAGCAAUGUAUUCUUCUUGUCACUGAUUACUUUCUUAUGUGUCCAUAAAACUUGACUUUUGCUUCUAUAAAAUAAAUUCCAUUACAAGAUUCAA